CAUUUACAACGGCGAUAGAAAGUUCAGCGUAGAUGUUAGUGUUGCAAUAAACUUGUUUAAAAAUAGCUUUUGAUUAUGCUGAACAUAUUAAUUUAUGCGAGCCAGGCCUUCUGUAAUACUUGUGUAGCGAACAAACUAUAAAAUUAUUCAAAUGGAACCAUAGCAUUUUCUUGUUUUAGAAAUAAUUGCGAAGUUGUCGUUAGUAUCUACGCUUUUUUACUUAUUUCACUUAUCUUUCGUAAGUACAGUUUUCAUUGUUUGCAAGCGAACGAAAAGAUAAGUAUGCCACAAAGUUUAACGAACUCCUCACAGUAUGAACUUGGCAUUGGGAAUAUUUUAUUAUCUCCUUUUCUUCAAAUAAUCAUGUGAUUUUAGCCAGAUAUUUUACCAGUAAAUAUUCAAAUCAUUUAAUGUUUCUCUUUAUCAAAUAAAAAGUAUGAAACUCAACAAAGAAUUGUUGCCAAUCAAGGCGCACUUUUUCUUCUUCAUGGCCGCAAUGGGCCCCAUUCUUCCCCAGUUACCGGUUUAUGGCAAAGAAUUGGGCAUCUCUUCGGUUGUAAUGGGAACAGUAUCGGGAAUUUUGCCCAUUCUGUUUCUCUUAGCCAAACCAGUAUUUGGGAUAAUCGUGGAUGUUUUUAGAAGCCACCGGAAAUCCAUUUUUAUGGUUUUAAUCGCCGCCAUGAGUACAUCUUUCGCUUUUUUAUAUGCGUUACCAAAUAAAUUUGGCAUUUUAGAUUUUAAAAUUGACAAUAUAACUUGUAGGGAAUAUUUACGUGUUUGUGACGAUUCGAACAUUUCCUGCAAAAAUUCCAUCAAAAAUGUGACAUGUGUUUUAACAUGUCCCGAUAAUUCAAUGAGUAACAGAUCCUUUAAAGGGUUAGCAUACUUGAAGGACGAAGAAGAUGAUUUUACAAUAUGCAAAGAAACUUUUAUCGACAUAGAUUGCUCAAAAGACUGCAAAUUGCGAUGCCAACAGAAUAGCGAAAUCGAUGCACCUUGUUUCUACAAUUCAUCAACCUUCUGGGGUUUCAUUUUGCUGAUGUCCCUUGGCAAUAUUUGCUAUAACGUUGCCAAUUCCAUAAGCGACGCCGUUUGUUUUGAUGUAAUUGGGGACACAUACGACUAUGGUAAACAGAGGGUAUGGGGUGCUAUUGGUUUCGGAUUGACGGCUCUUUUGGGGGGGUACCUCGUAGAUUGGUGGUCUAUUGGAAGUUUUGAGACUUACACCCCAGCAUUUAUUAUUAUGGUUAGUUUUACACUCAUUGAUUUAUUUGCUUGUUCAAAAUUGAAGUUGCCGGUGAUAUCUCCUCCCAAAAACGUUUUCAAAGAUCUGUGUCGACUGCUAAGGGACAGGGACGUUGUGGUAUUCCUGAUAUUCGCAAUCUUUGCUGGAAUUAUCGAUAGUUUCAUAAUAUAUUUCCUGUUUUGGUUCCUCGAAGACUUGGCCAUCCAAAGUCAGACUGGAAAUGUCAAGCUAUUGGAAGGACUUAUUGUGGCGGCCGAAACAUUGGGGGGUGAAAUUUUAUUCUUCGCAAUAUCUGGGAAAAUAUUAUCAAAAAUAGGCUAUGCAAAUUGUUUUAGCAUAUGCUUUGUAAAUUACUCUAUCCGGUUAUUGUUGAUCUCAUUGGCGCCAAAUCCGUGGUGGAUUCUUCCCGUCGAGCUUGUGAUGCAGGGGCCAACAUACGCCCUGACAUAUACCACAAUCGUGGCUUAUGCCAAUGCCAUAUCUCCGCCUGGUAUGUCAGCCACGAUGCAAGGAAUCGCAGCAGGUUUAGACGAUGGCUUUGGGUACGCUAUUGGUUGUGUUACCGUUGGGAUCUUAUACCAAAUGGUCGGUGGCAAAACGGCUAUGAAGAUAUUUAGCGCACUUGCUUUUGUUUGUGGAGUAACCCAUUUUACUAUUCAUAGGUUUUUUAGGAGGAAGAGGGAAUCUUCGGUGAUGUCGACAAUAGAAUAUCAAACUACAGACGAAGCUAUCAAAACUGUGAUAACUUAUAGUUAGUUCGAACCUCUCAAUUAAACUAAUAAUAUUUCGCGUAUUACAAAUUGGAGUGCGCCUUUUUUUAAACAAUGUACAAAUUAACAAUUUUGUUACAAAUAAAAUUGUUUUCAGUGUAAAUAAAGUUAU